AUGGAAAUGACAGGCGCGGAGAUCAUUUGCGAAAGCCUGCUGCGCGAGGGCGUGGACACGAUAUUCGGGCUGCCCGGCGGCGCGGUACUGCCGUUCUACGGCGCGCUGUCCGGUUAUCCCAAGCUGCGCCACAUCCUGGUACGGCACGAGCAGGCCGCCGCGAUGGCCGCGGACGGCUACGCCCGGGCCACGGGCAAGGUGGGGGUAUGCUCCGCCACCUCGGGGCCGGGGGCAACGAACCUGGUGACCGGACUGAUGGCGGCGCAGAUGGACUCGGUGCCCAUCGUGUGCAUCACCGGGCAGGUGCCGCGGGCGGCGAUCGGCCGCGACGCCUUCCAGGAGACCGACAUCACGGGCAUCACGCUGCCGGUAACCAAACACAACUACCUGGUGAUGGACGUGCGGGACAUCGCGCCGGCCAUUAAGGAAGCCUUUUACAUCGCGCGCACCGGGCGGCCCGGCCCGGUACUGAUCGACGUGCCGAAGGACGUACUGGCCGGCGAGAAGAUUGAGUUCGAGUGGCCGGCCGAGGUGGACCUGCCCGGCUACAACCCGCCGGGUGAGCCGGAUGCGCGCCAGGUGCGGGUCGCCGCCCACCUGAUCAACCAGGCGGAGCGGCCGGUGAUCCUGGCCGGGCACGGCGUCCUGAUCUCUCGGGCGUGGGACGAGCUGCGGGAACUGGCGGAGAAAGCGCAGAUCCCGGUGAUCACCACGCUGCUGGGCAUCGGCGCGAUGUCCACCGAGCAUGUGCUGAACAUGGGAAUGCCGGGGAUGCACGGGAUGGCCUACGCGAGCCUGGCCAUCGACCGAUCGGACCUGGUGAUAGCGCUGGGGGCGCGGUUCGACGACCGGGUUACCGGGCGGCUCAGCGACUUCGCGCCCGGCGCCAAGAUCAUUCACGUUGACGUGGACGCCACGGAGUUCAACAAGAACAUCGUGGCCGACGCGCCGGUGCUGGGCGACCUGAAGGACAGCCUGCGCGCGCUGAUACCGAUGGUGCAACCCAACGUGCACCUGGACUGGAUCAAGGAAACUGACACAUUGCGGGCGGAGCAUCCCUCGCUGUUCAUCCGCAAGUCGGACGUGCUGCUGCCGCAGCAGGUGAUGAAGCAGAUUUCGGACGAGACCAACGGAGAAGCCAUCAUCGUGACCGGCGUCGGGCAGCACCAGAUGUGGGCGGCGCAGCACUACGGCUACAAGGAGCCGAACUCGCUGAUCACGUCGGGCGGCAGCGGAGCCAUGGGGUUCGAAGUGCCGGCGGCGCUGGGAGCCAAGGUGGGCCGGCCGGAGAAGACGGUGUGGUCCAUCGCCGGCGACGGCGGGUUCCAGAUGACGCUGUGCGACCUGGCCACGGCCGUUGAGAACAAGAUCGACGUGAAGUACGCCAUCCUGAACAACGGGUCGCUGGGCAUGGUGCGGCAGUGGCAGGACUUCUUCUACGACAAGGACUUCUUCGCCACCAUCUACAGCGGCAACCCCGACUUCGUGAAGCUGGCGGAAGCCUACGGCAUCCGGGGUAUCCGGGUGACCAAGCAGGAAGACGUGGCCGGCGCGAUCCAGGAAGCAAUGGAGACGCCGGGGCCGGUGGUGGUGGACUUCGUGGUUAAAGAGGACGAGUUCGUGUACCCGAUGAUUCCCGCCGGGGAGUCGGUGCACGAGAUGCUGGAAGAGCCCGAGGCCGAGAGCAUCAUCAGCUAG